CUAUUAUUAGUUCCUAGUCAUCGUACGUCCCUCCUCGAUCCCCCAAUGUGAAUUGAAAUACGCAGAAAACGUGUACAAUGUAUCUUGGGUGAGAAAAUCCCGAAACUCGAUUGAAAUUAUUAAUUAUUCGUCUUAAUCGUUGGAAUGAACUGCUAGGACAAAUAAAAUCCCCUCCACUCGGUGUUUGUACAUGUUUCUAAACCGUCAUUAUCCCCGUAAAUUGUCCGUGAAACACUUAUUGUUGAAUUAAUGUGAGCAUGAGUCUUGUCGCGCAAUUGUCACUUUUUUCGGUAAUUUAUGGUGAUUGGUACAGAUGAGGGAUGCUGUCGUCGACAAACGCACCGCCAGUCUAGCUCAACGAGGAAAACCCACCAUCGAAAUUUACCGGCCACCAGGAGGCAGAUCAGAAGUCACCACGGCGAAUCCACAGCUCAACGUUCACGCCAAAGAGUUCACCCUGAAACAGAUCGAAAUGCACAAUAAUAAUUUGAAGCACAAUCAUAAUGAGAAUCGCUCGAGUUAUUAUCUCCAGCACAGCAAGUCCAGUGGGAAUGUUCACAGGCACUCGUACCAGCAGCAUCAGCCUCAUCAGCUGAAUUACCACCACCACAGUCCGGCCACGAAACAGACGUAUGCACUGAAUACCUCGGCAUCGAGUGGAAAUAUUCUCCACUCUGGACCGCAAAACAGCCGAGUCCACUUUGUGGAUUCAAUCGCCGAUUCAAAACCGAGCGGAAAUUCAAUAAAACCAGCGAAAUUAACCAAGUCGUUGUCGUUUGUGUCGUCUUACGCUCUCAAGCGCUCCAAGAGCUUCAAUAAUUCAGACGUCCUUGCCUAUAAAGCCAACAACAUCCUGGACGUAGCGGAGCUGGGGAGAUUUCCGAUACCGGUCCAGGAUGUCUUGAUCAAAGCGAUUGAAGAUCCAAAUAUUUUAAACUCUCGUACAUUGAUGGACUUGGUGAGGCACAUUCUGGGGAGAAUCGUCGAGAAUAAACGGUAUGCUGAGCCGGCAGCUAAGAUCUGCAUAAAAAUAAUAGAGAAAGAAGUGAAAGAAACUUUUCUGGAGUCUCUCCUCAAUAUGUGCCAGCAGUGGUAUCAAGAUCAGAGCAGAUCCAUCGAUGACAGUUCCCUGUGCCAAAAAUUCGCGGCGUUCAUGACAUUCCUGAACGAAAUGUACUGUCAGCUGAAGAGACGUCAACUGCAGUUGAAGACUCAACAGGAAGGGGUUCCCCCAGGUCGAGUCCUGUUGACGCUCCUGUGGAAGUGCUGUCAAGAUUGCCUCCAGCCGUCCUUCAUAAAUUCUCUUCCUGAGACGAAUUCUCUGUUCUUCAUCGUGACGUGCAUCGGCAAGGAUUUGGAUAAUGAACUGCCAGUGCAACUGGAGCAGCUCUUGGCGUGCGUUAGGGAUGCAUUUCUCGAUGAGAAUUCCAGUGAACCGGCCGUGAGGAAGAUUCUCCUGCAGAUAAUCGAGCUGCAUGCCGCACACUGGCAGCUACCAGCACCUGCACUCGUAUAUUAUUACCCUGGCACAAUGAAGUCAUAGGGAAUUUCAUUGGAUCAUCCUCGGCGACGAUGACUUAAUCUCGAUAAUAAAAAAAAAAAAAAAAAAUUGAAAGGACCAGAACGAAAUGUUUUUUUGCGUUCUGCAAUAAAAAUCCGACAUAAACGAAAUUGACAAAGACUGGGAGACUGAAGAUGAGGGAUUCGAUGGGCUGUGAGAGGAUUCAUCAGGCUAGAUCGAACAUCCGGUAGCCUUGGGGUCUUCCACACGAGCAUCGAAAUCAAUAGUAGCUGCAGUCGCGAAUUAUCAAGAGAAAUCGCAAACGCAACUCCAGGGGAAUGAAUUUUAAUAUUUCAUUUCCUCAGUUAACGAUCACUCCUGCACAAUGUAACUCUUGUUUAAUUAUUUAAAAUAAAGAAAAUGAACAUCAA